UAUGCAAUCUGUCCGCCGCGACCUCGCGUGCCAUCGAGAAACACAGCCGAGGAAGACAUCCUUGGACUCAGGAUAAGGGGGUUGCAAGAUUGUCGAGAACCCAUUUGAACGUGGAGCCGCCAUUGGUAAACUCCAAACCUGCACACCUUCAUCAAGCUAGUGACUGUUCAAGCAUGGAGUGCCAUCCACGGAUCGAAAGGGGGAAGGCGGGGUCGAGGAGGAGCCGGGUUGCAGCGAGAAUUGAGAAAUGCCGACUCAUUCAGCGCUUUUUCAGAAGGACGCCACAUAACGAGUAAGUUCUUACUGACGUACAAAUCGGCCUGGCAGUGUAAGCUGAUGUCACUUAGGCCCUGCGUGAGCUGCCUCGAGAACAUGCCAGCUGAUAAGUUGGUGAACUUGCCUUGUCAGCAUAAGUAUUGCAACACGUGUCUCAGGCAAAUGACGGCCACAAGUAUGGCAGAUGAGCAAUUAUUCCCACCGAGAUGUUGUGCCCAGAAGAUUCCGUCAGAGACCAUCCUUCCUUUACUGCCACAAAAGGAAAAAGACUCAUUUGUCUUUAAAACAACUGAGUAUGCAACCCCGGUUCCAGAUCGCUGGUACUGUCCUGCAUCAAACUGCGGGAAAUGGAUACAUCCAACGGCUGUGAAGGCUGAGAAUUCUCAGACACAGACCUGUCCGCAUUGUAGCGCGAGAAUCUGCUCAAGGUGUCGCGGCAUUGCCCACAGAUCAGGAGAUUGCUCUUCUGAUACAGGUCUGUCCGCAGUCCUUGAAGUGGCUCGGCUUCAGCGAUGGCAGAGGUGUUUCAAUUGUGGUGCGGUGGUGGAACUCAUAUUUGGCUGUGAUCACAUUACCUGCAGAUGCAGCGCACAGUUCUGCUAUAAAUGUGGUAACCCAUGGUCUUCGUGCGUUUGUGUCACACCGGCAGAGAGACCUGUAGAUUUUUUUACAUUCGUGAUUGAUGGCAAUGCGCUAAACCGUGACGAAGAAGCCGGACUUACAGCAGUUCUUGCUGCCAUGCUGUGCCAUGAAAGAGAAUCGGAAGAGCCACUAAUUGACAAGGGGAGGAAAGGAACUCAAGGUUGCCGGACAGAAGGUUGUGUGGUUCGGGAUGGAAAUAUCGCCAAAGUUGACCCCUAGGUAUCUAAGGGUACCACUAUAGACCACCUCGAGGAAAGUUUUAUAUCGUAAUGGCACCAUCGAACUCGCAUAAUAUCGUUUACCCCGAUAGGAGCAACU